AUGGGAUGGCGGGACCACCAGCAGAGGGCAACAGAGGUGCAGGUUAGGAUCUCACAUGUGCUCCCAUUGGCUUUGGAGAGGGGAACCAUUUUCACCACACCCUGUGAUAAAUCUUAUUCUGGGCAUUCUUCUCGUGGAUCAGCUUCAGGCGCACUGACGGAACAGGACUGCUUUUAUAUUUAGACUUUUAAGGUUUUUAAACGUUGUUCAAAGCUCCAAAUCAGAGAAAAAUUAUCUGCAGUUAUUUCUGAAUAUAUAUCAGUUUUUGCUUUAUUCCAGUUUUUUUUUGUUUUCCGGUGUUUUUUUGUUUUUUGUUGCUUAUUAGAGAAUAACACAGCAUUUAUCUGCUUUUAAAUUCUUUUUGAGUCUUUGGCCUAUAACAUUUUUAAUUUUUAAACUCUCGCUAAAACCAAGUCUGGCUUUUUAAACUCCUGCAGACGUUAGGAAAAGAGGAAAGCUCUCAAGAAGCUGAAGUUAAAAACAGGGUGAAUUCCUUUAUUUUUAUCUUUAUUUUUUGGGGCGCGUAAAAACGCACGGAGGCUCACCAUGUCACAGAUGCGCAGGCAACUCCUUGGCACCGCGGCCAGCGGAGUGGGCUGGGUGGGGGUGAUCGUGGCCACGGCCACCAACGACUGGGUCCGGACCUGCGACUACACCAAGACCACCUGCGUCCGCAUGGACGAGCUGAGCUCCCGGGGCCUGUGGGCAGAGUGCGUCAUCUCCCCGUCCCUUUACCACUGCGUGGGCCUCACCCAGAUCCUCACACUGCCCGCCUACGUCCAGACAGCUCGUGCUCUGAUGAUCUGCGCGUGUUUGCUGGGUCUCCCCGCCAUGCUCCUGAUCCUCAUGUCCAUGGCCUGUGUGCGGCUGCAGAACGACACCUCAGCUGUCAAGAAGCGCCGCGCCCGAGUGGGAGGCGUCCUCUUCAUCUUCAUGGCUGUGUGCAGCAUCAUAUCUACCGUCUGGUUCCCCAUCGGCGCUAAUAAAGAGGAAGAUCUGAUGUCAUUCGGCUUCUCUCUGUACUCCGGCUGGGUCGGCUCCGCCCUCUGCCUCGUAGGUGGCAUCAUCAUCUUGUGCUGCCAGGGCAUCGACCCCGGGACCCCGAGUAGGGACAACAGCUUCUACUACUCUGGGAACAGGGGGACGGCCACGCUCCUGGACCCCCCCGCCAACCACGCCAAGAGCGCCCGGGUGUAAAGGAACCAGGCGCUCUGUCUUUAACCAAGUUUCUCUUUGAGUUUAAAGCCAUAUUUGCCAUCGAUGAGACAUUACAGCAUCUGUUCACUGUUUCAAGACUAAAACCCACAAUGAAAAUGAAUGUUGGCAGGAAAUGGAGGGAUUAAUAAUAAGCUUACAUUCAGGAGAUCUUUUGGCCUCAAACUAGGGAAGUCUGGAGAAUCUGUGUAUGUUCCAAACAAUAUCCGUUUCAAAAUCAGUAAUUGCAUCAAACUUACUCCAGUCCUCCACCGUCCUGGACUCCACGUAUUGAAGCCUCAAAUUUAGCAUUUUGUUAUUCUUUUAGAGAUAAAAGUCUUAGUGAUGUCUAAGAAGUCUUUAGAGAGACUAAAGGAUCAAAACUCAGAAUAGCAACAAAUAAAAGACAAAGUUUUAUUGUACUGAAUGAAAAAACAAGAACGGGAUAGAAAGCCAGGAAGACGAGCAAAACAAGUAGCAUGCAAGCAUCAAAACACAACAAUAUAAGACAAAGACUCAGGGGAAGGGCAGACCCACACUGCGCUGGAGACUGAGAAAAGCUGGUAAACAAGACAAAGGUUAAAGCAAUCAAGACAUAUUCAAAAGGUGGGAAAGUAAAACUCAAACCAAGGCACAAAGUAAAAAAGGAAAUAAAAAAACAGAGACAAGAAACCUCACACUGAAUGAUACAAAGUAACAUAAUGAAGGAAAGAACAAUCACGAAGUCAAAACAGGAAAACAGAAAUCCAAUUUACACAAAACAAUCUCAACUUCAAACUCUGGCACUACAGGAAAAAACUCAAAAAACUCAAAUAUACUGUGUUCCUAAACCAAUCACAUGACCAGUCCCCGAGGUCAUGACUGUGAUUGGUCUGUUAGUAGAAUCAAACACACGAACAUGGUUCGGACGUGCAGUUCAGGGACUCCCAUGAGCCGAGGUGAAGCCUUGCAGAAAGCUUGCAGCUGUUUGUAAUUUCAUUUCCUGUAUAUAUAUAAAUACAUAUUUCACAUCUUCAGCUACCCAGUCAGGAAGGAAAGUCCCCCUGUUUGACCGGCUGUGACCACCUGUGUGCACGACAAGUUAAUCAUUUUCAGCAGCUCUUUGUUUUCACAUUAUAAACAUCAAACUGUUGUUUUCAUGGUCGCUUUAAUGUUUAUGACACUUUUAAAUUGCAGCUCAUAUUUAAUCCCCCACAGUCGGCUGUCACUUUUUUUUAUCAUUUCGUUUUACUUUUAUGUUAACAGCAUAAUCAAAAUAAAUCAUCUGCAUACCAACAUUGUUAAAUUCUUGUCUGUGUUUAGAAAAAAGGCUUUAAAAUCAGUCUUAUGUUCGCUGAAAACACCAUAAACAUUUAAAUUAAGAUUCAUGCUUUCUAAAAUUCAUCUUUUACUGAAUAUUAUUUCUGUAUGUUUUCCAUUUGAUAUGAAUCCAUUUCAUAUACGAUUUUUCAUUUGUCUUCUUCUACAGUAGGUAUCAGAUCAUUAGAUUUUAGCCUCUUCUGGCUAAAAUGAGGCAAAGCUAGCACUGAUUAAUCGCAAACUA